CUCCUCUUUCAGUUGCGGCGGCAGCAGCAGCAGCAGCAGCAGCGGCUUCAGCAGCGGCUUCCCCUCUCUCUCUCUCUCUCUAUUGCGGCUUAUCCUGGAACACCCACAAAAUCAUUCCUUCCUACGUAGGACGGUCGGGUGACCUUAGUUCAACAACUUGGCACUAGUAACACUAGUACUACUACAUCACUUUGGUUCCCCCAACUCGGUGCCGCUUUAACUCACCUCCCAAGUCCUAACUCCUAAACGCCUCUAUUUUCUUCCUUCUCAACACUCAACUACCCACAAAGGGAAAUAUAAAUUCCGUGUCUUCACAGCCGUUUUCGAUGGUUCCAACAACUAGAGGAAGAGCAACUAAACUGAAUGUUGCUGUCGGGGGUUUUUACAAAAUUUUACAUGCUAAUUUACCUCCUAGAACUCCUCCUUGGUUGAGGUCCGUUUCAAUUGCCAUGGUGAGUGAGAAGAGUAAACUGAAGGUCACAAUUUCGUUCCCAAGCAAGGAGUCUAUCGAGAGUUGCCUCGAUCAAGAGAGACCUGGCUCUAACCCUAAGCUUGAUAUGUGCUUUAUUAUGGGACUGAAGCUUGCCCAAAGGGUGCUUUUUAGGGAGGUUAAAAUCCCUCACUUCGGCAAUCUGGAAGAGGUCAAGGACUUCUGGUUGGUAAGGGCUCCUUUAAUUCCUAAGCUUGAACUCGAAGAGGUUUCGGUGAAGUCUCCUUGCUCUUCGUCUACUACUACUAUGAAGUUUGGCGGUGGGAGAUUGGAAGAAAAGGUUGAGGAAGUGGAAAAGCAGGUGAUUAAAGUGGAGAAUGUGGUUAAAGCAGAGAUUGUGAGCGAAGAAGCCACUACUGAAGAUCUUCACAAAGCAAAGAAGUACAAAUGGUGGUCCAAUGAAAGCUUCGAGGCUGGAAAGAGAGUUAUUUUAAACAUUCUGAAGGAGAAGGAAGCUGCAGCUGAAAACCCAAUAUACAGAGCUGCUUUAAGGAAGGAGGCUCAGAAGGAAAUUGGUAACACAGGGCUGUUGGAUCACCUUCUCAAGGAUAUACCAGGAAAGAUCGCGCCUGAUGGAACUUCUCGUUUCCAACGCUGUUACAAUGCUGAUGGGGUGAUAAUGUACUGGCUGGAAAGUGCUGACCUAGUUGAUGUUCGGAAGAAGGCUGGUGUUGCUGAUCCGUUCUGGAUCCCACCACCCGGUUGGAAGCAGGGUGCCUGCUCCGCUGGGUGUCCCUGUGCUAAAGAGGUGGAGCUACUGAGGGAGGAACUUUCUAAAGUCAAAAGAGAUUUGGAAGAGACUCAGAAGCAACUAAAUGAAGUUUGUGCUGGUGAUAUGAGAAGGUAUUGUGACUGUAACAACUGGGUAGGAGGAUUCUGGUAAGUUAGGGUUGCAAUCUAAUUUUCAGAAAUUUCAGGUAAUAGUGCGGCCCCUGACUCUCCUUUCUCAAGGAAAGGAAUAUGCCGGAAUUUUGUAUAGAGAUUGAUCUAAUUUGUGUAAAGCGGCGCUUCUUAUACUACUGUAAGAUUGUACUGGUUAUACAUAUAAUCUAUAUGGCUCUCUCUGGAUUUCAAGAAGCUCAGUUCAUCUUCUCACUCUAGUUGUUAGGA